AUGCUCUGUGAACGUCCUCGCUGCUUCGGCUACCGCGGAUUUGAUGUGGAUCGGAGACUCCUCUACUUUGGCGGAAACGUAGACGCACGUAGCGCAGACCAGGAACGGGUCGACGGCGGAGUAGGAGUUUUUGGAAAAGAAGCGACGGAAGAAGACGUUGGCUGUGGCGGUGACUCUUUGGCGCAGAUUGAGACGUUUGCAGAUGAUCGAGAGUACUGCCGUUCAAAGAUGGAGAAAGUGUCAGUGAAGGAGAAAGAGAGUAUGGAUUGA